AUGCUUCCCUGCUCGGGGUCUCCCUCGUCUGCCAUUCCAGCCCUGCGGUCUUCCCGGCUGAUCCCAAAGCUUCGAUCGACUCUGGUGCCUGAGCUUUAUUCCCAGGGCCCCGCGUCGGACCGUGCCGACUCUUCCUUUCCCGCUCGCCUUGUUGCUUGGGAGAUCCUUGGCCCGCUUCUGUCCUGUUCACUCGGCGCAAUGGACAGUCCGGUCAACGUUGCUCAGAAGGAAGAAGCAGACAGUUCUACAAUCCAUUCCUUUGGUUUUGGUUGUUGA